AGCAGACUUAAAGCACCAUUCAAGCACGUAGAACGUUCUGUUUCUGUACACAAAGUCUUAAUUGACAAAUAAACAAAGGACUUUUUAAAAUGAGCACAACUCGUUGGGAAAACGAUGAAGAAAUUCAAAUCUUUCGUGAAUAUCUGCGAAUUCCUUCGGUUCAUCCAAAUAUCGAUUACACCGCUUGUGUGGAUUUCUUGAAACGUCAGGCAAGUAGUUUGGAUCUUCCCGUGGAAGUGGUUUAUCCCCAAAACGGGUUGAACCCCGUUGUUGUUAUGAAAUGGCUUGGCAAACAACCUGGACUGCCUUCCAUUCUUUUAAAUUCCCACAUGGAUGUUGUGCCCGUAUUUCCAAGCAAGUGGACUCACAAACCUUUCAGCGCCGAUCUAGAUAACGAAGGUCGCAUUUAUGCUCGUGGCUCACAGGACAUGAAGUGUGUUGGAACUCAAUAUCUUGGAGCCAUUCGCUUCCUCAAAGCCAGUGGCUUCCAGCCAAAACGUACGGUGUAUCUCACCUUUGUACCUGAUGAAGAAGCAGGCAUUAUUCCGGGUUUGAAACUGCUGGUCCAAAGUGAAUACUUUACGAAAAUGAAUGUUGGAUUUAGCUUUGACGAGGGCAUUGCCAGCGAGAAUGAAACCUUCUCCGUUUACUAUGCCGAGCGGACUCUGUGGGCUCUUAGAUUUAAGAUCAGUGGCACUGCUGGCCAUGGAUCCCUUCUGCUAGAGAAUACUGCAGGCGAGAAAUUCAACUACAUUCUAAAUAAGAUGAUGGAGUACCGUGCAUCACAGGUGAAGCGACUGGAAGACCCCACCAUUGACAUUGGAGAUGUAACCACAGUUAAUGUCACCCAAUUGAAAGGGGGUGUGCAGAGCAAUGUGGUACCACCCUUGCUGGAGGUGGUCUUUGAUAUUCGAGUUGCCAUAACUGUGGAUGUAGCCGCCUUCGAGAAGCAAAUUCGCGAUUGGUGCGAAGAGGCUGGAGGUGGUAUUGAACUAGAUUUCGAGUGGAAGGAACCUUACGUAGCUCCGACCAAAAUCGAUCCCUCAAAUUCAUAUUGGGUGGCCUUUAAGCAAGCUCUCGAUGAACUUGGUCUGAAGACUCGUCAACGGGUUUUCCCAGGUGCCACUGACAGCCGCUACGUUCGACAUGUUGGUAUUCCGGCAUUGGGUUUCUCACCUAUUAACAAUACGCCCAUUUUAUUACACGACCACGAUGAAUACCUGCGGGCAGAAACCUAUCUGCAGGGUAUUGAAAUUUACAAGAAACUGAUUGCCGCUGUUGCCAAUGUCUAAGGGUAAUAACAUAAAUAUUAUUGAUCUGUUUUAUAUUUGAGCAAUGUGAUUAUUAUAUGUAUGAUUUUCCAUGAGAUAAAUAAAUCACCUUGUCCACA